AUGGCUUCUAAGCGGUUUGUUGGCACCAUGGCAAUCUUGGCAUUUGUUCUUCCUGUUGUGGCCAUGGCAACUGAAUUUACUGUUGGAGAUGACCAAGGAUGGACCAUUAAUUUCGACUAUGAAGCCUGGGCCAAGGAGAAAGUAUUUCAUGUUGGAGAUAAACUAGUCUUCAAAUACACGACGGGACGACACAAUGUCUUCAAAGUGAAUGGUACGGCCUUCACGAACUGCACUAUACCACCAGCAAAUGAAGCUCUUACCACUGGAAAUGAUGUAAUUAUACUGGCCGCCCCUGGAAGGAAGUGGUACAUAUGUGGUGUAAACGACCAUUGUGCCAACUAUGGACAGAAGCUUGUUAUCACUGUAUUGGAAGAGUCGGAAUCUCCUGCACCGGCCCCCUCCAACCCCACAGCACCAGCACCCAACUCUGCUCAUGGGAUCUCUGGGUCCGGUUAUCAACUUCUGAUGGCAGCCAUGGUUGCUCUUGCCUUCCUAGCUGUUUGA